UUUACCUGCACCCGCGACCUCGCAGGUGGGGACGUGGACACUCGCUCAGACUCUCGGAACUGCGCGGCUGGGGAGCAGAAAUCGCGGGGUCCCUCCCCUCGCGCUGGCAUCCAGCUGGGCGGCCGCGGAACGCGGGUGGGGCGCAGCCGGGGUACCGCCUCCUUGGGCUCCGGGCUGCAGAGAGAGCGUCGCGCGCCGCCCCAGCAGCCGAGGGCCGGGGGCGCCGAGGAAGACCGGGCUCGAGGGGUGGGGGGCCGCUGCGGGCCGCCCGCCGAGAUGUGACCCGGCUCCGCCGCCCAUGUGGGCCCGCCGACCCGCGGCGGGAGCGGCGGCCGGAGGGGUCCAGGAGCCCCGCCGCCAGGCCCUGCGCCUGCUGCUGCCGCCGCUACUGCUACUGCUCGCGGCCGCGCCUUCGGGCAGCGCAGUUCUCUGCAUCUCUGGUGGUUUACCCAAGCCUACAAAUAUCACCUUCUUAUCCAUAAAUAUGAGGAAUAUCCUACAGUGGAGCCCACCAGAGGGCCUACAAGGAACUGAAGUUACUUACACUGUGCAGUAUUUCAUCAGAUAUGGGCAAAAGAAGUGGCUGAAUAAAUCCGAAUGCAGAAAUAUCAGUAGGACCUGCUGUGAUCUCUCUGUGGAAACUUCUGAUUACGAACAUCAAUAUUAUGCCAAAGUUAAGGCCAUUCGGGAAACGAAUUGUUCCAAAUGGGCAGAAACUGGACGAUUCUAUCCAUUCUUAGAAACACAAAUUGGCCCACCGGGGAUCGCUUUGACGACAGAUGAGAGAUCCAUUUCCAUUGUUCUGACGGCUCCGGAGAAGUGGAAGAGAAAUCCAGAAGACAGUUCUCUUUCCAUGAAACAGAUAUACUCUAAUCUGAAGUAUAAUGUGUCCGUAUAUAAUACUCAAUCUAAUAGAACGUGGUCCCAGUGUGUGACCAACCAUACGCUGGUGCUGAGCUGGCUGGAGCCAGACACUCUGUACUGCGUCCACGUGGAGACCUUCGUCCCAGGGCCUCCUCGCCUAGCUCGGCCUUCUGAGAAGCUGUGUGUCCGUACUUUGAAAGACCAAACAUCAGCAGUGAAGGUUAAAAUCAUCUUCUGGUAUGUUUUGCCCAUAUCUGUUACUGUGUUUCUUUUUUCUGUGAUGGGCUACUCCAUGUACAGAUAUAUCCAUGUUGGCAAAGAGAAACACCCAGCAAAUUUGAUUUUGAUUUAUGGAAAUGAAUUUGACAAAAGAUUCUUUGUACCUGCUGAAAAAAUUGUGCUUAAUUUUAUCACCCUCAAUAUUGUGGAGGAUUCUAACACUUCUCAUCAGGAUGUAAGUGUAAGAGGAAAAAGCAAUGAUGUAUGGGACCCGAAUGAGCCCCUCGAGGACCAGGAGCCACAUCAGGAGGAAAUGGAGGUGAAGAACUCAGGGUAUGCUUUACAUUGGAUGGAUAUUUUCUGUGACUCUGAGGAAAGCUCCAAGGGUAUGUCCCUAACCCAGCAAGGGUCACUGGGUGGAACAAUGGCCACAGAUAAAGCUGCCGUUGGAUAUGAAGAGGCUGUAAGAACUGUUGACAUCUGUGUGGGGCCUGGAGAUCAAGAGCUCAGACUGCAGGAAGAGGCAUCCCUCCAAGGACAAUUCUUGGAGCAACAGGCAGCUUUGGCAAACCUGGGCUCCCCAAAACCACUGUAUUCCUAUGCCCCUCAGCUGCGAGACUUGGGCCAGCUGUUGCCGAAGCAUGUGGAUGUGGAAGAGGAGCCAGGUGAAGAGGCAUUCACCACACUGGUGGACUGGGACCCUCAGACUGGCAGACUGUGCAUACCAUCCUUCUCUGCCUCUGAACAUGACUCUGAGGGAUAUCAGCAGCCUGAGUACGAGGAGCUCACAGAAGAAAGCCUCUUGUGUAGACUCUAUGAGGAUCAGGCUCCAGAAGAGUCGUCAGAAGAAAACAAAGCCUAUCUCCUGAAAUUUAUGGAGGACUGGGGAUUACACGUGCAAAUGGAGGACUAACACCUGAACUUCCCUUUACCACACCCCUGCUGUUACGAGGCACAUGAGUGCAAACAUAAUAGUAACCAAACAAUAAAGGAUGUGGGAUGAAAGAAGUUGACUCUGAUUUUAUGUGUCUGUGAGAAUUAUUUAUCUCUUCUCUAUUCUCAAAGUGCUUGUUUCAUUCUGCCUCAAAUGGGGGUUGGUUCAUGCAUGUGGGUCUCUCGUGAUGAUGGUGGGCAUCUGGAAUGCAGGGGCUGAUCCACUAUGCUGUAUGCAUUCAGAAAGCUUUGGAGGGCACGUAUGGCAUGGAGCACUGGGUG